UUUGCAGAGAUGAGGAGGAUUUUUAGUAGAGGAGGAGGAAAGGACUCGCCGUCUGAACCCGCUUCUCCGUCACCGAGAUCAUACCCUUCGACGUCUCCGGCAUCUUCGUCUCCAGUGACGGGUCCUCCGAGACCGAUUCGUUUAGUGUAUUGUGAUGAUAAGGGCAAGUUUAUGAUGGACCCUGAAGCUGUUGCUACUUUGCAACUAGUCAAGGAACCAAUUGGUGUUGUUUCGGUUUGUGGUAGGGCUCGUCAAGGAAAGAGCUUUAUUUUGAAUCAGCUUCUUGGACGCAGUAAUGGGUUUCAAGUAGCAUCAACACACAAGCCGUGUACUAAGGGGCUUUGGUUGUGGAGUUCUCCUAUUAAAAGAACAGCUCUCGACGGAACUGAAUACAAUCUUUUACUGUUAGAUAGUGAAGGGAUUGAUGCUUACGACCAAACGGGUACCUAUAGCACUCAGAUAUUCUCAUUAGCUGUUCUUUUGUCAAGCAUGUUCGUAUACAAUCAGAUGGGAGGUAUCGACGAAGCUUCACUCGAUCGUCUUUCUCUUGUCACUCAAAUGACAAAGCAUAUCCGCGUUAAAGCUUCUGGAGGAACAAGCUCACGUUCUGAACUUGGGCAAUUUUCUCCCAUCUUUGUCUGGCUGUUGAGGGACUUUUAUUUGGAUCUAGUGGAAGAUAAUAGAAAAAUUAGUCCACGUGACUAUUUAGAAAUUGCAUUAAGGCCAGUUCAAGGCACUGGAGGAGAUAUUGGUGCAAAAAAUGAGAUCCGAGAUUCUAUUCGUGCCCUUUUUCCGGACAGAGAGUGCUUUACCCUUGUAAGGCCUCUGAACAAUGAAAAAGACCUGCAGAGACUUGAUCAAAUUUCGUUGGAAAAAUUGAGACCUGAAUUCGGUGCUGGCCUGGAUGCAUUUACCAAGUUUGUUUUUGAGAAGACGAGGCCCAAGCAAUUAGGGGGUACUGUGAUGACUGGCCCUAUUCUUGUUGGUAUUACACAGUCUUAUCUGGAUGCGUUGAAUAAUGGUGCUGUGCCAACAAUAACCUCAUCUUGGCAGAGUGUCGAAGAAACUGAGUGUCGAAGAGCAUAUGAUUCUGGUGUAGACGCCUAUAUGGCUGCCUUUGACCAAUCAAAAGCUCCUGAAGAAGNC